AUGCAACAGCACACAGUGAACACAAUCAAAGGUCUGACCAAGGUCGGCGCACUCGCGCUCCUCGUCGGUGGAAUCAACGCGAUCGCUCUUGCGAGUGAGGGAUCGGAGUCCGAAGGUCAAUCAAGCGAGGAGACGACCGAGUCAGAGGAUAAUCUCCCUGAAACGCUCCAACUCGACUGCGUCAUCCGCGACUUUAAACCGAAGCAAUGGGAAGGCGGACACCCCGACUUCGAGUCCUUCGGCGGAACCACCACCGUCGGACUGGUCGCGGAGUACCUGAGCGAUGACGGCAAACCCGUUUCAUCGGGCGACCUUCGAGGGAAGAAGAUCAGCUCAGAGUUCAAAGACUCGCAAGGCCGGAACAUCAAUCCCGCGAUGUAUGAUCCGCAACAGGGUGACACACAAGGUUCACUCGCGAACGGUCCCUCAGGGAACGGAUUCACUUCCGUCGAACGAUUCGAUCAGUGGUAUCGCGAUGUGCCGGGUGUCAAUCUCUCGAAGACCAUUGAGCUCACGCUCACACGCGUACCAGGGACCGAUCGGUAUGUGUUCGAUUCGGCACACGAUACUGUCCACGGCACGCACGGGUUCUUCCCGAUCAACGGCGAGCUCUAUGGAAACUUCAAAUCGGGCCGGAACUAUCACUUCACGACUGAGAUCAACACAGAGUUCACAUUCCAUCGUGAGACCGGUCAGGUGUUCAAGUUCACAGGUGACGACGAUGUCUGGGUCUAUAUCAACGGACGACUCGUGGUCGACCUUGGUGGUCUGCACCCCAAGCGUGAGCAGUUCCUCGAUCUCGAUCGAUUGGAUUGGCUCCAAGACGGCCGGACUUACACACUCGACAUCUUCCACGCCGAGCGUCGGUACAGCGGAUCGAACUUCCGCAUCGAGACCACGCUUCAGCUCCGGAGCAUCGAGCUCCCUCCGACCGCGGCGUUGUAUGACUAA